AUGAAAAUCAAUGUCGAGGGCUACAAUCUCUUUGGACAUCUUGAUGGCUCUGUGACUGCUCCUCCGAAAUUUGCAAUUUUGGAUGAGGAAGGUGUUACUUCUGAAGUCACCGCUGCUUACAAAGACUGGCUGCGCACUGAUAAAGCUCUCCUAAGUCUGCUGAUUGUCUCUCUCUCCGAUGAAGCUCUUGAGUAUGUCAUUGGAAGUCGCAUUGCUCAUGAGGCAUGGCUUAAUCUUACGGAUCGCUAUGCUUCAGUUUCUCGAGCACGUAUCAACCACUUGAAGACUGAAAUGCAGACAGCGCAGAAGGGUGGUGACUCGAUUGAACGAUUCCUUCUUCGUUUGAAGCAUAUUCGUGAUCAAUUGCAUUCUGCUGGUGUGAAGAUUUCUGAUGACGAUUUUGUCAUCGCUGCUCUCAACGGUUUGCCGCCGGAAUAUGAUAUCAUCAAAACUGUGUUAAUUGCUCGAGAUACUUCCCUUUCUCUUAAAGACUUCCGCGCUCAACUUCUUGUUGCUGAGCAAACCGCUGAGGCUAGGGUUGUGACCCAUUCUGCAAUGUUUACUUCUCAAUCUGUUCCUAGGUCUGCAAGCUAUGGUCCUUCGUCUGGUCAAGGUUUGCUUCCUACACCGGUGCAGGGUCCGGUUGGCUAA